CAGUAGGCUGGGAUUUUAGGAUUCCUGAAGCGAGUUUUGCCCAAUAAAACCUAUUUUAUUCGUUGAAAUCGUGAUUAACAACCAUCGUAUUACAAAAGAUCCGGACCUGCCAGUAAUAAUGGAAGGGAAUACAUGAUCAGGCAGACUAACACUGUAAAACAAUGGAGUAACAAAUAUUGCCAACAACAGGAACUAGAUCUGCUGUGGACUAGUUUUGGAUUACAGUGAUUAGGUUGGAUAUUUGAUUUAUGGAUUGGAAUUGGAGAGUGUGUCCACAUGUAAGCCCAACAGGAUAGAGCACUUCCAUUAUGGAUCAAGAUCCAGAGAUUUCUGAGGUCUUGAACGACAUCAAGCAGAACUUGGCAAAAGGACUGCGGCAAUCUGCGCGCAAUAAAAAACAGAAUGCGACAAGUCCGGCUGGUCCGGUGACCAAUGAACUUCGGGUGAAAUGUGAAUAUCAGGAAGAAAAACGGAUCAUCCAGAUUCAGUCUCCCAUUCGCUACAGUGAUCUCCUCAAUAAAAUCAAGCAGUAUUAUGGUUCGGCGUUGUGUAUACACUACCCCAUAUCAGAUGGUGAAUGCUACAUUCCAAUACGAAAUCAGGAUGAGUUAGAACAAGCAAUAUCACUAUGGGAGCGCAGCGAGUACAAGCGUAGCCUCCGGGUUAAGCUCAGCCGGGAAGAGGACGGCCUAGAUGGGGGCAUCCAGUCAAUCCAGGCCAAGGAUCUCUUCAAAGGCAAUGGAAAUGGGGAAACGUCUCGGCCUCAAGGUGGUGAAGCAAAAGGCAGCAGUCCGACGAAACAGAGCACGCCCGGCCGAUACUCGCCACCCCCUGGGACCAUAUCACCGAAAGAAAUACGCAAUUUGCAGCACAGUAGUUCGUUCUCUUCAUCAACAGGGGGCGGCGAGUUCAUACCGGAGGAGGUCGCGGAGGAUGCGUGUGGCGUCGGCCCAUAUCCGGUGACAAGUCCGGACGGCUCGUUAGCAAGUAGUCGCACCUCCCUUGAUAGUAGUUAUCUCACUAGUACAAGCAGCAUAGACACAUAUCCAUUCCGAGGAAAGGGCGGCCGGCGGAGUGUGGCAUCAGACACAACGUAUGAAGAGAUGAUGGCCCAAGAACGAGACUAUCCCAAGGGUGGCACCUAUCCCUCUCGGUACAGAAAUACAACAGCACCCGAAAAGGAGGGCCGGAAAACAUUCCCGUUUCGUCACAGAGGACCCGAAAUGGAGAACCGCUACGGCCAUCACUUCGGUGGUGCGGGCAGCGAGAGGUCACUGAGCACGAGCAGCAGCAGCAGUGGUUUGGCGCAUGAUCUGGAUUCGCCAGAUCAGGGUCGGCGCCGCCGGGAAAGUAAGCACACAACUCCGCGUGCCCCGACCAACUGGAAGAAAGGCCGGUUAUUAGGUGCUGGUGCGUUCGGUCAGGUAUUCCUGUGUUAUGACGCCGACACAGGAAGAGAGCUGGCCGUGAAACAAGUUGUGGUCAGCGCUAUAAAUGCUGAAAUCUCAAAGGAAAUGCGAGCCUUGGAGGCCGAAAUCCAACUCUUGAAGAAUCUUCAACAUGAUCGUAUAGUACAGUAUUAUGGAUCCUUCCAAGACGACAAAAUUUUAUCCAUUUUCAUGGAAUAUAUGCCUGGGGGCUCGGUGAAAGAUGAAUUACGUAACUAUGGUGCUCUGACUGAGAAAGUCACUCGGAAAUACACUGCCCAAAUUCUGCAUGGUGUGAUCUACCUACAUCAACAUAUGAUUGUACACAGGGAUGUAAAAUGUGCGAAUAUCCUUCGCGAUUCAAUCGGAAACAUCAAACUUGCAGACUUUGGAGCUUCAAAACGCCUCCACACGAUCUGUCCAUCGAUGGGCCUCAAGUCGGUCACUGGGACGCCGUACUAUAUGUCUCCUGAGGUCAUCAACGGAGAUGGCUACGGAAGGAAGGCUGACGUGUGGAGUGUAGGCUGUACAGUCGUGGAAAUGUUGACGAAAGCACCGCCAUGGGCCGAGUUCGAGGGAAUGGCCGCCAUUUUCAAAAUAGCUAUGUCUGAUCAUCCAAAAUACGAGCUGCCAGGUCAUGUGACACCCGUGGCUGUAGACUUUCUAAAAUUAACAUUUAAAAAAUCACCGUCAGAACGACCGACUGCCGAGGACUUAUAUCGGCAUGAAUUCUGUACGGAGCAGCUGUAGCGUCAUGUGACUACCAUUGUCCAAUCAGGAUGGACAGUUUUGAUUAUCAUUCCAGUGAGAAGUCGGGAGUUGUGAUCUUGGUGAAAAGGACUUGUUGUGAUUGUUGACAAUCUGUGAAUGUUAUUCAGGGUGUCCCGAAAUUUUAGACUGUACACGAAAAAAAGGAUAAUGCCGCACAAAUCAGGGCUUAGGGUCUGUGAGACCCUUGAUUGAAUUGGUUAAGUUUUUGUGUAUGACUUUUUCUGAGACGCCCUGUGGAUUACAGAAAGUGCAAUAUUGGAGAUUAGUGUACGUUUUUGACGUAAAAAGCUGAAGUGGGCAUCAUCACUUGCCUGGUAUCUAAGGGAAUGACGUCAGUUGCUAGGCAGCAGUAGUGAUGCUAUCGAUGAAAAUUGUGUCAUUCUCAACUGAUUGCCAAGGAAUGCAAGUAGUUGCUAUGGAAUGAAUGUGGUUGCUAUAGAAUGGAUGCCGUUACCAAGGAUACUGUUUUCCAAUGCAACAGAUAUUUCACUGGUGGCAGUUGGAGAUGUUUGGUUUAAAUGUUUUAAUGACUGCAGGAAACAGUUGAGGUAAUGGUGAUGAUGCUAAGGAAUUUAACCCGAGUAACAGAAUUGCUAUUGAGGGAUUUUAUGGUUGCCAUGCAUACCACCUCCUUUGCAUCCGACUCGGGAACAAACUAGGAAAACAAAUUCGGAAAACAAACUCGCUGGAUAAAAAACAUUGGAAGUAUUUGUGUACAGUAUUUUUCUGUGAAAAGCCAUAUUCCGAUAAAAUGUUAACAUAUCAUAUAGGACAUAUCGGAGCGGAUUUUCAUUUUGGUUACCAUGGUUAUGGUUGUGAUACAGAUGCUGGUUAGGCCAUGCCAAUUUCAUUUUUUGUUUGACAGUCGUCCCCAUAGUUGCAUGCAGUAGCUUGAACAAACUUGGAUUUUGAAAAAAAUGUUGAAAAUACGUUGGCGGUUUCUGUGUCUUCAGUGUGUGAUAUCAAACCAAUUAGGGAGUCUUAUCUUUGGUUUCAUCCCUGGUCUGGUCACAAGUUACGUCUGAGUGGUGAAACACUUAAUUGGAUCAAGCAGAAGGUCACAAUUACAGAAAUUAUAAUUUUACUAAGAUAAGUAUUCCUGAAGUUGCUGGGCUUAUUUACAGUGGGGAGUUCUGGACUCAGAAUUUCCACCCAAAAAAGGGAGAGUGGGCCACUGAAUUGGUAUGGGUCUCAAAUGCAAGAUUAUGAUGUCAAAAAGCCUGAAAACGCAUCAUAAGUCUGAAAUCUGAACAUUACAUAUUUGCCUUUCUGUUGAGAAGAAGUGAUGUUUUUUCGGGGAACUGUGGGCUAUGCCUUUAUUCAUUCCUCAAACUAUGAAAUUGGUGUGGCCUGUCUAUGUUGAUUUUUGUUACCAAAGAGAGAUGUGGACAUUACUAUGACAAUUAUUAUUAAUUACUAUUAUUAUUAUUAAUUAUUAUUAUUAUUCACGGAAUAUAACCUAGCUGUAUUUUUCUACAUUCCAGAAUUUCUUGAUCAAGCUGACCUCUAUUGGUCAAGAAAUGAACUAAAGUUUACUUGCGUGCGAUGGCACUAGUUUUCGUAAGCUUAUCUCAUGGUUAAUAGAUGAAAUGUUCUAUAGAUAAAGUUUGCGCGACAAUGUUUGAGGUGGACACUGCCUGUUUGUGCUUGGCAUGCUCGUUUUUUUAGGCCAGGUUUACAAACGCUGUAUAAGGAAACGUCAUCAAACAAUGGCUCCACAAUGGGUUUAUGACCAUGAACAAUUGUUCAGGAGCGUAUCCAUAUACCAUGUCACUCUUUGUAAACCCCUUAGUGACACCUAUCGGCUGAAUUGAGAAUCACAGAAUGUCACUUCUGGUUUCUUAGAUGUAGAAACUUCGGUUUUACGAUAUCAGCUCGGCAGCUCAAAACAGGGUCAUGCUACUUUAACCCUUUGAGCUUUGUCAAGUCCAUAUGUGUUCCUAAAGCACCUCUUAAAUGAAGCAUUUUUGUUGCAUUAACACACAUACGUGUACACACCCAUCGAUGGACUGAAAUGCCCGUCUCCUGGUGUCAUGAUGCAGUGCUGUAUGAUGCAUGGUAUCACAUCAUUGCCAUGAAUGGCGCCGUAGAAAGUCGCAGCCAACUAAUAACAUAAUAUAGGUACGACCCAUCGCAAAGUGGUUAAUACCAUAAGACUUGCUCUCUGAUGAGCUCAAAGGGUUAAAACGUGUUCUCUAGUCCUGAAGAAGAAUGAUUGAGAGUACGAUGUAGAAGCUUGAUGAAAAAUGUAAAAAAGAAAAGUUUCAACCUAUUGCCUGAUGAUAUAGAUUUAUGGUCUGACUGUGUUCUGUGAUGGGGGUCUUGGGGCUGCAACUGGUAGGACCAUAUCAUUAUCAGCCCAGCCAUGAAUGUCAUUGCCUCCAUCAUGUCGAUCGAUUACCUUAGUGUCUAGCUCGUUUAUCUUCAGUGUGUAGGCCGGCACAUCAAUUUCCUGUGCUGCCAUCUACAUGUAUACUGGAAAGUAUUAACUGAGCUGAAGUUUUCUGAGGCUUUUUAUUAUCUCAGCCCGUUUUAGGCAGUAUUACUCCAAACAUUCCAUUAGUUCCAGAAAUACUUUUAGAAUAUUGUCUUGUGUCGUUUUUAAAGGGUUAAUUUUGAUGGUCUGUGAUGCUUCUGAUGCCAGUUGCAACCUGGGCCCCAGGACCUCUCCGGAACCAGAACUCGCAAACAUAGUGAAGAUUUGUCGUUUUGAAUUCCCCAACUGCAGUGUUUGACAAAAUAUUCUUAAAGGUCAUGUCGGUUGGUGAAAGUGUUUAAAAUUUGGCCUCAUGAAAAUGCUCGUGUAUGUCCCUCUGCCUAGGUGGCACCAGUGAAAAAUCUUUGCACUGUGGCAUGUAGUAAAAUUGUAUAUGAAGUUUUUAAAACUAUUGCUACUUGCAUUGAUAUGUGUUGCAUCAGACACGAGCACUUCCAGUGGGCCUGUACAUAAAAACUUGGCAAAUAGACUUGGCCUUUAAGAGCCUCAUAUCACUUUAACUGUGAAUUUAUUUUCUUAAAUGUAAAUAGUCAUAACAUAACAUGUUAAAUGGAUGUUGGUCUCAUUAUUGUGUAUAUACUAAUUACAAAUGAAAAAGAGCUUUAUGUAUAAUUUUUUGACUCUAAUAUGAAAUAAUAAGGUUAGGCAUCUAAUGUUCAAGGAUUAUUAUAAUAAGUUGGCCAGAAUUAUAAGUGCAUCGCAUAUAGAAAAUUGUACAUAUUUCUGGCAAACUCUCAAUGAAAUAGAAACUCUCAUAUGCACUAGCACUCCGUCCGAUGUAAACCACAAAUUCACCAAAAGCUUACGUAGUCUCCCCGCGGUGAAAUUUGGACAGAACACAAGUCUGUGAUCAGUAACCUAAGAUACUAAAUUUUCAAACCCAAAACUGGCGCUUGAGGAAAAUGCAGGGCUUCCUGCUGUAAAUCUUUUGGCCACCAAUGUAGAAUUUAUGGGGUAUUGUAUUCCAAAUUCUGUCGGUUUUACAGUAAAGUGAGAUAAAAUUGUUUCCUAAAUACUGUACAUGUAUAUAAAAAAUGAAAAUAUGCAGUAUAUAAAAAUAAGUCAGAACUGUACACCAAUUAUUGCAAUUGGUUUUACAUGCGAUAGUUUUUCACUACAUGUACACAGCUUAGCCUGAAUCAUGAACUUUUCAAAUUCUAUUUUAGCUGAAACUUCACUAAAUGUUGUAAAGUGUUAAUAGAUUGUGCGUUGUAAAACUUUUUCAUUGACCCUCAGAACUGAAGCUUGGGUUGAAAGGAACCUGCUCACAUAACUUUUUCCAAAGCAAUAAAAAAGAGCAGUUUUAGUGGGCCCCAAAGGUGUGGGCUUCUUUCAAUCUCCCAUGUCAUAGUCUAUGUUUAUUUCCGAAUGAUUUUUUUCUGACAUCUCAAUCCUAAAAGUCUCAGAUGAACUAAAGCUGGGCAAAUGACCUAGUUUGAAUUUCAAAAGGCCAGGUCCCCUUUAAGUUCUUACCAACAGCUCCAGUUCCAGAGGGAUAAUGUUGCUUUUCUGUCAGUGCCUAAUAUCUCAAACCAUCCAGAUUUGUGAUUUGGACCUCUCACCCCUCUGGUGUUGAUAGGAUAGACUUUUCCGAAUAACAAUGUGUGCUAUUGGGAAAGAUCAUCGCAUAAAACAAGGGGUGCAGGGGCCAAAAUAGGAAUCCAUCCAAGUAGCUCUGUUAAUGAAAUCCACUACUAUUGCGUAAGGUUGAUGCAAAUAAAAUCCGUCGCGAAAUCUUUCAUAAUUCGUCCCAAUAAUUAGCAAGUUGAAAUGUGCUAGAAAUGUCGUCCAGGUUUUUUAACAGCGACACAUAUUGUCAUCUAAUGUCAUGAUUGUGUGAUUCGUGGCAAGGCUACGAUUUUGCCAUUUUGUAUUACACUCGAUGUUGUCUAGCGCUUUUAAUGUCAUACAUAUAGGGGGCGAUAGUGCCUGUACCUUAAUACCAAGUAUUUUUUGCACUUCAACUUUUAUAGUAGGACGAAAUCUGUAUGUCAUACCUACAGAUCUUGAUACUGAGCUUUGGUCCUGUUAAGGGCGAAGCUACUUUUGAAACAAUCUAUCUUUUGUAGGAUAUUUUUCCUAUUGGCUAUCUGUGAGAAAUAAAUUAUGCAAUCCUGGACUACAGGAUGGAAUACACCAGUCCAGUAUCCCUUGGGUCCAGGUCUAUUUUCCAUCCAGAUUGAUUGGCUGCCAUGGCAACUAUAAUUGUGUUUUCAAUAGUCCAAUUCAAAUGGAAAUUAUAUCUUCAGAUCAUUAUUUUUACCAGAAAAUAUAUUAAGGAUCACAUACAUGUAGAAUAAUUUUCUAUAUAAAAAAGAGUAGUUAUCCUAUCUUUUGUAUGGAGACAUUUUUGGUAAUUCAUUGUGAUGAGGUCAGGCUAAAUAGAUCAUAAGGGACAAAUAUUGAAUGAGAGUGACAGUUAUGAUGGUGCUACUGGCAUGACAUCAUCAUAGAUUGUCCUUCAUUUUCGAACAAAUAGCUUGUGCUGCACGGACAAUUCUAGUUGCCAUGGUUACCAGUCAAUGUUGCCAUCUUCAGUAUAAAAGCUAGCAGUUUGUUAACAUUAUGAAAGGAGGUUUGAUAAAAGGAUAGAUACAUCUACCUAACUGUUGUGUUUUACGCUGAAUGUUACUGAUACAUUGUUUGUUUAUUGUAUAGCACAAAUGAUUCGGUUUGGUUAAAGAGUCUGUUUUGUAUGAUCAUUAAAGAUGAAAUGACAUUUUCAACACCAUUAAAAAUUCACCGCAGAAAUUGCCGAAUUCGUAAAUUCAUGCAAGCCAUUUGUUAAAGAAAUGUUGAAAAAGUCUGUUCACUUUUCAUGAAAUUUAUAAAACAACAACCUUCCAUUCAUAUUAUCGGGCAUUUUAAGAGUUAACGGCCAAAAUAACCAGAGGCGAUAAACUUUGUGUUGUCAUAAUGCAUCUAUUUUAUGUGAGCAUAAGCACUUCCCUUGUAUUUUACUUAUGAAAUAUUGAGGCAAACAAAAUAAGUAAUGAAGUUCUUUCUCAAAUUCAGGUGAAAUCGUUUUCAUUUGCCGGAAAAAAAUGCUAUUGUUUAUGAUUUUACUUGAUAUUUGUAACAAUUUCUGUCCUUGUCAUGUUAUCCAUGCACCCAAGUCAAAGUGCUAUCCACACAUCCGAGUCAUAAAGCUAUCCACACACCCGAGUCAAAAUGCUAUCCAUGCGCCUGAGUCAAAGUGCUGUCCACUCACCCAAGUUAUCCACAUGCCCAAGUCAAAAUGCUAUCCACACACCCGAGUCAUAAAGCUAUCCACGCACCCGAGUCAAAAUGCUAUCCACACACCCGAGUCAUAAAGCUAUCGACUCGUCUGAGGCAAAAUGCUAUCCACACGCCCAAGUAAAAGUGCUAUCCACACACCCGAGUCAUAAAGCUAUCUACUCGUCUGAGGCAAAAUGCUAUCCACGCACCCGAGUCGAAUGGCCAUCCACUCACCCAAGUUAAAAUGCCAUCCACUCAUCCGAGUCAAAAUGCUAUCCACACACCUGAGGCAAAAUGCUAUCCAUGCGCCUGAGUCAAAAUGCUAUCCACACACCUGAGUCAAAAUGCUAUCCACACACCUGAGGCAAAAUGCCAGCAUUAUCAGCCGGAGUUGAUGCAUAAUUUAGAGUUUUUAGUGAGAUGCAACUGGUCGCAUGGACUGCAUUUUGAUUCGGGUAAUGAAACUGCAUGUGAAAACUUGGAACAACAAAAUUGUUGAUGAUAGAGGGUAUUAAGGGCGAGUUAGAAAUGGUCCCAUGGAGAGCAUUUUGACUCUGGUAUUGGAAUUACAUGUUUUAACUCGGCCUGCUGGUAAUACAGGGUGUGUCUGUGAGGUGCAUCCCUUCAUGCAUAAUCGCAACAUUCAAACAUUUGUAUAAAGACGUCUUGUUUGUAUAAUGCAUGGUACAAUAGUGAACCCCACUCCUGUGGUGUAUCAAACACCAUGAUUUUCCAUUGUUUGUGUCUGAAAUGUUGACUUAUCAAAUGUAUAAUAUUCCGACAGGUUUCUAUGGAGAUAUAUUAAUCAAAAAUAAAUACAAAACUAUA